CAGCUCUUUUAGUGGUUGUGAGAGCCUCACGAGUUGAGCAGAGAGUAUCUGAAGCUGGAGACCUCACAUAGCCUUGACAGCAGUGUACACUUCUAUAUCACACACACCCAUCUGUGGGCACAGCUGGACCUGCCGCAACCACUCAUCAUCACCGCUGGCAAAAAGCGUACCACACCAUCUAAUGAUGGAGAAGCCCUGCGAGACCAAUGGUCACAUUGACAAGUACUCUGACUACACUGUGUGCCAGGUGGAAGAUGCUGCCAAACCUGCCAAGAAUAAGACAGGACAAAAUUGUGCCCAAUUCCUUCGAAAGAAUGCCAUAGUGAUCCUCACGGUGUCUGGGGUAGUGGUUGGAGUUGGCAUUGGCACAGCAGUGAGGAACAUGAACUUGACCAAAGCUCAAAUGACCUAUUUUGCCUUCCCUGGAGAAUUGCUACUGAGGAUGCUGAAGAUGAUCAUCCUCCCACUGGUGGUAUGCAGCUUGAUCUCUGGGGCUGCCAGUUUGGAUACCCGGUCAUUGGGCAAACUGGGUGGUAUUGCUGUAGCCUACUUUCUUGUGACCACUCUUAUGGCUUCAGGUUUGGCAAUCGCCCUGGGAUUUAUCAUUAAACCAGGGGCUGGAGCAGGUGCCCUAAACUCCAAUGCCUUGGGAAUAGAAACCACCAUAACUACUAAUAAAGAGACGGUGGACUCUUUCCUAGAUCUUGCCAGAAACCUGAUGCCUGCAAAUCUUGUGGCUGCAGCUUUCCGAUCGUAUGCAACCGAGUAUGUGACGUACACAAGGAACACGACCAAUGGAAACAUCACUAUUGAGCGGGUUCCUGUUGGGAUGGAGGUUGAAGGAAUGAACAUUCUGGGACUUGUCCUCUUUGCACUAAUAUUGGGAGUAGCUCUGAAAAAAUUGGGUCCAGAAGGGGAAGAGCUGAUAAGAUUUUUCAAUGCAUUCAAUGAGGCCACUAUGGUUAUUGUUUCAUGGAUUAUGUGGUAUGUCCCUAUUGGAAUUAUGUUUCUUGUUGGAAGCAAGAUUGUUGAAAUGGGAAACCUUGUGCUUUUGGUAACCAGUCUUGGGAAGUACAUCAUGGCAUCAAUUUUGGGUCAUAUUAUUCACGGAGGAAUCGUCCUUCCACUUAUUUAUUUUGCUUUUACACGCAAGAACCCCUUCACAUUCCUGUUAGGAUUGAUAACUCCUUUUACAACUGCAUUUGCAACAUGUUCAAGCUCUGCAACUCUUCCAACCAUGAUUAAAUGUAUCGAAGAAAACAAUGGCAUCGACAAAAGGAUCAGCAGGUUCAUCCUGCCCAUUGGGGCCACGGUGAAUAUGGAUGGUGCAGCUAUAUUCCAGUGCAUGGCAGCAGUAUUCAUUGCCCAGAUGAAUAACCAUGAACUAAAUGCUGGACAGAUCUUCACAAUUCUUGUGACUGCCACUGCCUCAAGUGUUGGUGCUGCUGGAAUACCUGCAGGGGGCGUUCUCACUAUAGCAAUUAUUUUAGAGGCCAUUGGACUUCCUACAAAUGACUUGUCAUUGAUAUUGGCUGUUGACUGGAUAGUGGACCGGACCACUACAGUGGUAAAUGUUGAAGGCGAUGCCUUUGGAGCAGGAAUCCUCCAUCAUCUUAACCAAAAAGAAGCAGCGAAGAACCAACAGGAUCUGAAUGAUGUUUACAUAGAAGCCGUGCCAAACUGCAAGUCUGAAGAAGAAACUUCGCCACUUGUAAUGCCCAGGGACCAAAUGUCAAAUCCUCACAACAUGUCCGUGCCAGAGUCUAAGGAAUCAGUUCUGUAAUGUGCCAUGUUGUACUAAGUUUUUGGGUUAGACUGCUGGUCGGUCCUUAAGACCAGACAUUGCUCACUGCCAGUAUGAGCUGCUAGAGUCUAGAAUAGUGACUCCUUUCCAAAUCCUCGAGAAAUCCCCAGACAAUUUAAUAGUUAAAGAUAACCACUAAUCAAUCUUAUUAUAGCUGGAUCAUGUCCUUGUUGAACAAAAAACAAAAAGAAUAAGUUUGUUUUUGUUAAACAAACCUCAUUUAUUAACACUGUGUAAUGGAAAAAUUGGCCUUGAUUCCUCAGCAACCAGGCAGAGCUCAGAUUAGAUUUGGUAGUGAUUGGUUGCUAUGGGCAAUAAGGCUAAUGUUUCUGUUAGUUUCCUAAAUAACUGUCUAAAUCAUAUUAUCUUAUUGGGGCAAUAAGAAAAUCUGUUACCAUGACAUCAAGAGAGUAAUGGCUGUAGUUUUCCCCCAGCUCUGGCGCUUGAAUAGGCCUAACUGCUGCCUAUAAGGACCCCAGUAUUUUAAAUGGCACAUGGUAGGUAGUGUCCCUAUAAAAAAAAAAACUUGCCAACAGUACUCACUAGAAAGUGGCUGUUUUGGGGGCACUGUUGGGCAGUUGGGGGGUGUUUCUAGGCUGGGGCUUAAAUGUCCAGCAGUUUACAGUAUUUACAUUGGGGUCCAGGAGCUCCCAGAGAUGUCUCUGCAUGACACAUGGCCCCUUUAAGUCUUGGAGGCAUGGUUUUCCCAAGGGCUUAUGUAUCCAUAAAAUGUGUGCCAUUUACUUGAACUUUGUUGCCAGGACUAGACCAUACUGUGCCAUACAUCUAUCAUUCACCAUUAUCUGAAAGUGAGGAUAAGGUUAAUAGUUAUGGGAACCGGUACAUGGGGCAUUGUUUUGUCCUAUGGAGCUGUCCAUGUUUACCAUUGAAAUGAUUUACUGUAGUUAGGAUUCCUGUGUAUCUGCAGUUUGUGUUACUUUCUACUAGUGAUUACUACACUUACUGUUGUGGCCGGGGCAGUGCCUGGGCAGCAUUACUAGAAUCCUUCUCAUCCCUUUAAACCCUAAUAUGAAAACUUAUACUUUUGCUUUGUCUUCUUUGUUAAUAGAAUUGUUGUCAUUUUUGUUAGAUGUUUAAGUGUUGUUAUUUUCAAAUUUGUUAGAUUUAUUACUGUUGUCAUUUCUAAGCUUUAUAAGACAUAUAAGCAAAAUAGAUUAAGAGUAAUUUACAGAAAAUGUUUAAGGUCACUCCAUAAGAUCUGCAUAUCCCUAUUCUCAUGUUACUUUAUCCUUCAUUUAUAUGUGCAGCCAUUAAAAAAAAAAAUCCCCCAGUAAAGCUAUAAGACCACCAGAUAUUCUCCUACUCCAAGUUUCAAUUCUAGAUUGUUUCUUCCGUGGGUUCUGUCCAAAGUUUACAACAGAAAAUGAAGCCAUUACAUAUUACUGAGGCUAAAUCUAUUGACGGUAGAGAAAAGCAGAUUUGCUGUUCCCCAUCUCUGCAUGUGUUAUUAAUCAGAUUUUUCUUACAAUACCUUUAGUUGAAAAAUAUAUCUAAAGACUAUGGAAGAGAUUUAUCAAAACCUGUCCAGAGGAAAAGUUGCUGAGUUGCCCAUAGCAACCAAUCAGAACACUUCUUUCAUUUUUGAAAAGGCCUCUGAAUAAUGAAAGAAGCGAUCUGAUUGGUUGCUAUGGCCAACUCAGCCAACUUUUACUCUGGACAGGUUUUGAUAAAGCUCCCCCUACGUCCAUUUCAAAGUAUACAUAUCCAAUCUAAAUAUUAAUAUCUAUGUAUUACUGAUGAUCAGUUACAGCCUGCAUUAUCUCCCAGAGCUGCUUUCUGCAGGCUGCAGAGCUGAAAUCUCCCAGCAUGCCCUGCUGCUUCUAUCCAUGGUGAUUUACUGGAAAGUAAGGUAUAACCUUUAUACCACCCUGCAUUACAGGAAUUUAGUCAACAAGCUUAUCCAUAAACACAUCUGAAGUAGCAACCAGUAGGCCAGACUAAGAUACAGGCAUAUAUAUAUAUGUGUGUGUGUGUAUAUAUAUAUAUAUGUCACGAUUCGGCUUACGGGUUGUGGAUCCGCUGUGUCAGCGAGGGAUUGGCGUGGACCGUGCUAGUGGACCGGUUCUAAGAGGCUACUGGUUUUCACCAGAGCCCGCCGCAAAGCGGGAUGGUCUUGCUGCGGCAGUAGCAACCAGGUCGUAUCCACUAGCAACGGCUCAACCUCACUGACUGCUGAGAAGGCGUGGGACAGAAGGACUAGGCAGAGGCAAGGUCAGACGUAGCAGAAGGUCGGGGGCAGGCGGCAAGGUUCGUAGUCAGGAUGGAUAGCAGAAGUUCAGGUACACAGGCUUUGGACACACUAAACGCUUUCACUGGCACAAGGCAACAAGAUCCGGCAAGGGAGUGCAAGGGAGGAGACUAGAUAUAGCCAGGGAACAAGUGGGAACCAAUUAAGCUAAUUGGGCCAGGCACCAAUCAUUGGUGCACUGGCCCUUUAACUCUCAGAGAGCUGGCGCGCGCGCGCCCUAGAGAGCGGAGCCGCGCGCGCCAGCACAUGACAGCAGGGGACCGGGACGGGUAAGUGACCUGGGAUGCGAUUCGCGAGCGGGCGCGUCCCGCUGUGCGAAUCGCAUCCCCAACGGCCAAGACAGUGCAGCGCUCCCGGUCAGCGGGACUGACCGGGGCGCUGCAGGGAGAAAGACGCCGUGAGCGCUCCGGGGAGGAGCGGGGACCCGGAGCGCUAGGCGUA